GGCGAGCUUAAAGAUGGCUGACCGGAAAAGGUUUGUUGUUCCGUAACGCCGACGACGUUGAAAAGUCAAGUGUUGCACGACCACAAAUAAAACCAUUGUUUAGGUCAGCAUACAGAUCUAGUGAUGCAGAGAAGAAAGAUAUGAGUGCAACAGAAAAAACAUCUGGUAUUGUGAGCAGACAGUUUGGUAAAUCCCCAGAUCAAAAGUGACUUCUGAACGAACAGUUACUGUAGUGGACUUAGUGGAAGAUGAGGUACCAAGUAAAAAAACAAAAGGAAUGACAUUUUCUGAAGCAUUUGCUGAUUUAAAGGAAACAAAACAUUUCAAAGGACAGAGUGAAUCCUCUACAACAACUACUGUUAAAUCUUCUAGCAGUAACAGUAUUAUUGUCAACACCAAACAGAAAGGUAACCCGAUUCUGAAACAUAUACGUAAUGUAAGCUGGGAAUAUGGUGACAUUGUAGCAGAUUAUGUGAUGGGCAAAACUACCUGUGCAUUAUACCUUAGCAUUCGUUAUCACAAUUUGAAACCUGACUACAUACAUGAUCGGCUUAAACAGCUAGGGCAUAGUUAUGAGUUGCGGAUAUUACUAGUUCAAGUAGAUGUGAAAGAUCCGCACCAUGCAGUCAAAGAUUUAACAAAGAUUGCUAUAAGAUCAGAUUGUACCUUGAUAUUGGCGUGGACUCCAGAAGAGGUGGGCAGAUAUCUGGAAACAUAUAAAUCUUAUGAAAAUAAACCAGCAGAUAUACUGAAAGAAAAAGUCCAGAGUGAUUUCAUGUCCAGAGUAAGUUGCUAUCGGGCCACAGAUUGCCUUACUACGGUAAAAAAGGUGAAUAAAACUGAUGUAGUGACAUUACUGUCUUCAUUUCAAUCUAUAGAAGGAAUAAUAAAAGCUUCAAAGGAAGAGUUAUCACUUUGUCCAGGAUUUGGCCCACAAAAGGCUUAUCGACUUCAAAGUUUGUUUGAUGAAUCAUUUAUAAGAUCAAAACAUUCAAAGAAAAAUGAACCACAGCCAAGUACAAGCAAACAAUGA